AUGGGCUUGCAGCCACUACGGGGGCCCAGACAGAGCAGGAGAAGUGACUGCCAGACCCAAAGCUUGGCACAAAGAACCAGCUGUCAGCCAGAUAAUGCACUGGGCCAGCGACAUGAAACCCAAUCAUUAAGUGUUGGGGGGAUUGGUCAGAGAGAGAGAAAGACUCUUUGUCCCGAGUGUGUGGAGCAGAUGACGGCGGAGUGCGGGAGAAGGGCUCUGACUCAUGAUGCCACGAGGUUUGUUCCCAAAACAGAUCUGGGGACAUUAUCCGGGGAUGGAGCCAAGGGCACAGCAGGAGAUGGAGGCUCAAGACAGACCCCACUGCAGAGGGUGAUGAAAGACUGUCCCCUCGUCCCCGUGGCCGCAGGGCCCGGAGAAGAUUCCGGAGGCAGCCCUCCAAGGUGGUCGGAGACAGAGGAAUUCAGCUAUUUGGAACUCUUUGGCAGUUUGCCUUUCUUGAGCAAUUCCCACCCCACCCCACCCCCGUUUACGAUUUAUUGGAUUCAGGGGCCACCUUGUAAUAAUAUCCUUUGA